GAGAUAUAUGCUAUAUUCCAUACAUAUUGGGCACCCUGUAUAAGCAAAUUGAAAGCGUGUGAAUUCAGUUCCAGCUUCGUUGCUCUUGAGAGGUUAUAAAUUUAUAUAGCGUGGAGCCUCUCAGUAUCAACAAUGAUAAGAUGGCUCCCAUUUCCCAAUAACAAAAACAUGAAGUACAGUCCUGCUUUUCUCGUGGAACCCUGUUCAGUCUGAUAACAAAUAUGGCGACGUUCUUUCCUUCAUGAGACCUUCUACAAUUGCAAAACGACCGCCGUUUUAGUAUUGUGUACUUGUGUGAUAAUGUCGGCAAUUGUGAAAGUGGAAGUGAAACAAGAAGACAACAUAAAUGGUACCUGCAUUGAUGAGAAACUUUUACUUAAUGAUGUCUCCGGAAAGAUAAAGAAAGAACUUAAUGAGAUUACACGCACUUGUCUAGACGAAAGUGGCGUCAAGCAGGAAAAGGAAUCUUUGAUUGUACAUUCUAAAGAUUUCAAUUGUACUUGGUGUAAUUACACAACCAAAAUUAAAAACAAUUUAACAGUACAUCUGCAAAGCCAUAAUACUGUUAAAGAUUUGAAAUGUGGUGUGUGUGAUUACGCGACAAAUAAAAAAUUUUUUCUUAAGCGACAUCUCUUAACCCACAAGAUGUUCAAGGAAUUUAAAUGUGACCAGUGCGAUUACGCAACCAAUAGUAAAUCCUAUCUUAAAGUACAUUUAUUAAUUCAUAAGAGAACCAAGGACAUCAAAUGUGACCAUUGUGAUUACGUAACCGCUAACAAGUAUAAUUUACAAAAGCAUCUGCGUUUACAUAAAUCGUCAAAGGAUUUCAAAUGUGUCCAGUGUGAUUAUGCAACAAAAUAUAAAUCUAAUUUGAAAUCUCAUCUAUUAACUCACAACACAACUACAGAUUUUAGAUGUGUUCAGUGUGAUUACGCGACCACUAAUAAGUGUAAUUUAAAAAAACAUCUGCUUUCGCAUAAACCGUGCAAGGAUUUUAAAUGUGGCCGGUGCGAUUACGCAACCAAUGAUAGGUCCUAUCUUAAACUACAUUUAUUAACUCAUAAGAGAACCAAGGAUAUCAAAUGUGAUCAAUGCUAUUACGCAACCACUAAUAAGUAUAAUUUAAAAAAUCAUCUGCUUUCACAUAAACCUUGUAAGGAUUUCAAAUGUGGCCAGUGUGAAUAUACAACGAAUAUUAAUUGUAACUUUAAAAAACAUCUAUUAACUCACAACACAACUACAGAUUUUAGAUGCGUUCAGUGUGAUUAUGCGAGCACUAAUAAGUAUUACUUAAAAAAGCACCUGCUUACACAUAAAGCAUGCAAGGAUAUCAAAUGUGUCCAGUGCGAUUAUGCAACUAACAUUAGUUCUAAUUUUAAAAAACAUCUAUUAACCCACAAGACAACUGCAGAUUUUACAUGUACUCAGUGUGAUUAUAAGACCACUAGUAACCGUUAUUUAAAAAAUCAUCUGCUUUCGCAUAAACCUUCCCAGGAUUUCAAAUGCUCCCAGUGUAGCUACGCAACAAAUACUAGAUACAAUUUUAAAAUACAUCUGCUAAGACACCAAACUUGUAAGAUUUUCAAAUGUGCUGAAUGUGAUUAUGCAACCAAUUAUAAAUCUAGUUUGAAAACACAUCUAUUAACUCGCAGGACAACUAAAUUUUUAAAAUGUGGCGAGUGUAAUUACACAAAUAAUAACAAAUGCAGUUUGAGAACACAUUCGGUAACGCAUAACUCUGUGAAAGAGUUCAAAUGUUCCCAAUGUAAUUACGCAACAAAUAAUAAAUACAGUUUUAAAUACCAUCUGUCGAGACAUGAUAAAUCAAUGUGAUUAUGCAACAAACUUUAAUUUGAUUUUAAAUCUCAUCUAUUAACCCAUAGGACAACUACGGAUUUUAAACAGGGUGUUAUGUAGAUGGGAUGCUGCGAUAUGUUUUGAUUGAUGAUACAUUAGGCGGUAAUAAUUUUAAUUACACAGGGUUGCUCAUAAAGGCCCGGCACACCAAAAUUGCAUUUUUUCAAAUGGAACACCCUGUAUAUUUUCUAAUGUUCCAAUUCUCUCAAUUUUAAGCAAUUAUUUUGUAAUAAGCAUGUACCUAAAUUCAAUCGUUUCCGGAUCAUCGAGUUUUGAAUAAUGCUAUUAUUUUAAAAUUAUUAAUAAUUGGACAAAAAACAAUAAUUAAUGAUUCCAAAUAAUCAUAACAAGCUCCACAAACGGUUCUUUUCAGAACCAUAGAAAAGUUUUUCAAAAUCAACUCGUAACUCAUUAAUUAUUGUUCUUUAUUCAAUACAUUUUAAAACAAUACGUUUUAUUUUCCAAAUUCGAUAACUCUGAAACGGUUGCAUUUGGGUACAUUCUGCUUCUUACAAGUUAUGCUCAAAAUUGAGAGAAAAAUUAAUAUAUCGAAUAAUAUACUGGGUGUUCUAUUUAAAAAAAUGCAAUAUUAGUGUGCCACGCCGUUAUGACCAACCCUGUAUAAUUAAAAUUACUACUCCCUUGUAGACAUUAAAGAACCUUUAAAGAAGCUUUUUUUGAUACCUCGAUCGUUUCCAGACUUAUUAGUGACCUUGUAUAAUUUGCAUGUAAAAUUGCAGUAUUUGUUUAAAAAAUAGUUUUUAAAGUAAAUUUUAAGUUUCAGUGUGGUUGGUACUGUACGUUGUACCAUUGAGCAGUUAUGCAUCAAGAUCGAGCAUUGUGGUAAGACAUUUGGAAAUGGAGUAGUUUACCGCCCCCAACCAAUAAUAUAAUGUUAUCUUCGAUUUAUUAAAGGAGUCUUUUAUGUACAUGCCAACUGUCGACAAAAGAGUGUGUAGGCAAUUUUAACAUAAAAACGUUCUUAACAUUGACGUCUAUUAUAUUUCUAUCUGAACAUUGA